AUGUUUUCAGAUGACUUCAAAUUGACUCAGAUAGAGUAUUUACGAUUGAACGAUAAUCAGUUCACAGGGCCUCUGACAAAUGUGGUCUUCAAUUUGUCUAAACUUUCUAUGUUGGAUAUUAGCAACAACAACAUGUCAGGUAAGAUUCUAGAUUCGAUGAAUAACAUGAUACGUUUGAGAACAUUGAUCAUGCGAAAUAAUGCAUUUAAUGGUCAGUUCCCAUGUGCACUGAUUCCAAAUGUGUUCAUGGACAUCUCUCAUAACUCAUUUUUGGGAACACUUACUUCUUGCUCAAACCCAAACUUGGGAGUCGUGGUGCAUGUGCAUUUGCAAGGGAACCAUUUUACGAAAUUCAUUCCAGAAGCACUUAUUAAUUUAUCAAAACUUGUGACAUUGGAUGUCAGUGACAAUAACUUGUCUGGCAGCAUUCCCCUGUCCAUUAGGUUGCUUGCCAACCUUAGCAUUCUUAUAUUGAGAGGAAACCAAUUGGGUGGUUCCAUUCCAACACAAUUGUGCCAACUGAAUAAGAUAAGCUUGAUGGAUCUUUCCAAUAACUCUUUUACGGGGUCUAUACCAAGUUGUUUAAGUAAUAUCACAUUUGGGGCAAUAGUGGCUACUGAUCUUGCUUUCGCUCAAACACCUUUAGAAUUUUACAGCACUAGGCAUAUCUUCUAUGUGUAUGAAAAUGUCCUACUUCCACAUCUAGAUAUGGUCUUUGAGAUUGGUGGCCCCGAUGGCACAUAUGAUAAAGUAGAUGAAGUUGAGUUUAUUACUAAGAGUAGGACUAACUCCUAUCGGGCUGGCAGCAUCCUUAACUUCAUGUCUGGAUUGGAUUUGUCAUGUAACAAACUAACAGGUGAAAUACCUUUUGAACUAGGGAAGUUAAGUAGUGUUCGUGCACUGAACUUGUCUCACAAUCUCUUGAUUGGACCCAUCUCGAAGACCUUCUCAAACCUUACUCAAAUAGAAAGUUUGGACCUUUCUUACAACAAUUUGAGCGGAAACAUCCCAACAGAUCUAAUCAAUCUAAAUUUUUUGGCAGUGUUCAUUGUGGCUCACAACAAUUUAUCAGGUAAAAUAUUAGACAGGAAGGCACAGUUUGGGACCUUUGAAGCGAGCAGUUAUGAGGGAAAUCCAUUUCUUUGUGGACCACCAUUGGAGAACAAUUGCACAGCCAUUGUUGACUUGCCAUACUCCCCAAAAACAGCAUCCUUAGAUGAAAUGUCACGACCCCAAACUGCCCCUAGUAGGAUGGUGUCAUGA